UCGUCAACAGCCGGUGCCCUUCUAACCAUGGAGGAAAGAAUUCUUCCUCUAUGCUUCUAACCAUAGAGUCAUGGAGUAACACAGAAAACAUGUGUGUAUACCACGGAGGAGGGACCUCCGUGGCAACGUUUUUAGAAUUGUUCUAAAAACGUUGCUCCGUGGUGUAUACUAUGUUACUCUAUGAUAGAGUUUCCUAACUCUAUGCUUUUAACGACGCCUGAUCUGCUCAGUUUCUUUAACAAAUCAUCACAAUUUGUAUCUGCGCCUUCAGCGCGCGUGUUUUGCGCAUACAUUUUUAAUACACUGCUCGGAAAAAAAAAACAAAUAAUCUAAAUAGCCAGUCCGGGUAGCGGUAUUGCACGCAGCAACCAACGCUUCAGCACGCGCAUCCAGAGGAGGCGCACUAGGCAGUGAACACCUCUAGGUUCUUGCUUGCAAAGGGCAGAAAAAGGAGCCUCAUGAUGUGUGACAGCAGUGAAAUCCCGCCGCUUCGGCUACAAAUUUCUGAGGAUUGCUACACUGAGGCAUUCGUCGUGAAAACGCCAAGAUGCGGAAGCUUAAGCGUGCACGUGCAGGGUGACCUUUCCACCAUCAACCCAAGAAAACCAAUCUUUCUGACUGUGCACGACAUAGGUGAAACUUACUUGGACUUUGUUCAGUUUGCAGCUCAUCCUUGCAUGACACGUGUUUGUGAAAAGUCUGUCUUUUUGCACAUUGAAGUUCCGGGACAGGCAUACAAUGCUCCAGACCUCUCAGAUGACUACAAGUUUCCAUCUAUGGAUGAUCUUGCUGAGGAUAUGGCCCAUGUGUUGCACUAUUUCAAGGUUCCAUACUGUGUUGCACUUGGCGAAGGAGCAGGGGCGAACAUCCUCGCCAGAUUUACGGUGAAUUGUCCAGAGCUUGUUUUGGGAUCCAUUCUGAUUCACUGCUCUUGUGCAGAAGCAAGCUUGGUGGAGCUUUUCAAUUACCAGGUUGUCUACUGGUACCAAGGUGGCAAGAAGUCUGGUCCACCACCUAUGGAACACUUCCUCGUGUUUCACAAGUUUGGCAAGGUGCUUUCUAAGCUGCUGGAACAAAGUGGACUUUCACAGCUUGUGAACACGGAUGAAACAUCUAGUAAAGUAGCUAAGGGUAACUCUGCACUUGGCUAUGCCGAGAGCGUGAGGCAAAAGGUCAACCGAAAAAACUCGAAUUUCUAUAUACAAGCUUACCUCACACGAAGUGACAUCUCUGGCUUCUUGAAGAAAAAUUUAAAAACUGACAUGCUGCUGGUGACAAGCAGUACGCAAGUGCAUGCAGACAUGACACAGAACACGUACAGCAAAAUUGAUCCUGCAAAAGCUGCCUUGCUCAAACUUGAUGAUGUUGAAGACAUUCUCACUGAUGCACCUGAAAAGCUUGCAUAUAGCCUUGUCUUAUUCUGCCAAGGCUUAGGAUUACUGAGCUCACUGCCGAUAACCACUCCGACAUCCCUUCUGAAAUAGAUGGAAGCAUCUGGAUUUUGCCCUCAAGCAAGAUACUUUGUUGGGCAAGUUGGUGUGGACAUGAUGAAAAGUGGUGAAAAAAAAAAAAAAAGAAAGUAGGAAAGAAGGGUUUUAGUACCACUAGUCCUGUUGUUGCCCUUCUUUCCUAAUUUUUUGCUUCAUCUUUCACAAUACUGUCCACCAUUUGCAAUAAUUUUUGCAUGCAUUAUAGCUGUUUGAAGCAUUUCACAGAAGGUGCUGAUGUUAUUCAAGGAUGUUGGUCACUAUGUGAACUCUCCAUCACUCUUCGUACAUGAAAUGUUUUUCAGGAAAGGACUGAAA